GGGAAGCCUUUGAGGCCCAGUAUAAAUUGGACCAGAGUACGGUUGGCCAGUCAAAACAUAUCCGGCCCAACCCAAAUUUCUCAACCCAACACCCUCCUUCUUCGCUUGUUCUUCCUGAACUUCGCAAGGUAGCAGAUCGGCAGACCCGGCAGACCUGUAACCGCGUCUCCAAGUCGCCCGCUUUCCAUAUGUCCGCCUCCGCCAGCGUCUGCCCUCCUACUCGCUCCUUCUUCCAGACGCCCACUCCGGCCUCUUGCCCGAUCGGGUGAUCCACUGACAGUCGGCGUUCUCUCUCUCAGACUCCCACUUCUCAUGUCUGCCAGCCGUAGCCCAUACUUCAUAACUGCAUUACCUGGCUUUCCCGAACUUCUGUACUAGCAACACCCCUGGAUACCCUGCUCUUCUUAAGCGAUCUUGUCCUUUUUAUGCUCUCCAAUUGAGUGAGAUUGGCCAAUUGCCUUUACCGCAAGUGCUCACCGAUUGGUUUCUUCUUCUGAAACAUCAUCAACCCAAUCAUGGCCGCCAAUUUCUGGACCUCUUCUCACUACAAGCAGCUUCUGGAUUCUGAAGAUCUGAAUGUCGUUCAUCAGCUUGAUAGGGAGAGAGGUCUCACUCUUGAAGAUUGCAAGCUCAUCAAGAUCCAUAUGUCCAACUACAUUGUAAGAUUGGCCCAAAAUGUUAAAGUGAGGCAAAGGGUUAUAGCUACUGCCAUUGCAUACAUGAGACGUGUUUAUGUCAGAAAAAGUAUGACGGAAUAUGAUCCUCGUCUAGUUGCUCCAGCUUGCUUAUACUUGGCGUCGAAGGCAGAAGAGACCACAGUGCCAGCUAGGAACGUCGUUUUUAUAAUCAAGAAAAUAUAUUCGGAUGAGAAGUACAGAUUUGAAAUAAAAGACAUUUUAGAAAUGGAGAUGAAAAUUUUGGAAGCCCUCGACUAUUACUUGGUUGUGUUCCAUCCAUACAGUUCGCUAAUACAGUUGCUGCAGGAUGCUGGGAUGAACGAUGCAACUCACCUAACUUGGGGAAUUGUGAAUGAUACGUAUAAGAUGGAUCUAAUUCUUAUUCAUCCACCCCACUUGAUAGCAUUGGCAUGCAUAUACAUAGCAAGCGUUUUGAAAGACAGAGAAAACAGCACUUCCUGGUUUGAAGAGCUUCGAGCUGACAUGAACGUGGUAAAAAACAUAGCGAUGGAAAUAUUAGAUUUUUACGAUAGCCACAAGAUGAUCACAGAUGAAAGGGUAAAUGCUGCAAUGAACAAGCUGGCUGGUAAGUAAAUGCGGGGAGAGCCACAGAUGAUUAGGAAGAUUCAGUUGAAGAAUAAUGAUUGUUUGGAUCUGAGGUUGAUAUUGCGUACUUCUUACAAUUCAAGGGUCGAUAAAGAAAAGUAAUUAAGGUAUUCAAUUUCCAUGAAUCCCUUGGUCAAUGAUGGAUAGAUUCCCUGGGGGGGGGGGUGGUGGUGGUGGUGGUGGUGGUGCAGAGAUGAAGUCGUUACUUUGGAUCUUGUGAUUAUCAUUAGUUUAACUCGGCACAUUGUAUUUGUCAUGCUUUGAGUAUUCAGUAAGCCUCUUACCUUCGUAUGGCACUGAAUGAAUUAUAAUUGCUGCAUAAUUAUACUGUAUCAUGAAAUUAUUUACAACCGAGUUUUUGAAGGACUUCUGAAAGUUUAUUCAUUAUUUUACUCCUA